AUGGCUAAGGUUUCUUCAGCAUUAAAGUUCAACAAGAAUAUUAUCCCAUCUGUACAGGAUUCACUUUCUUCCAAUGAGCUCAUAGACAGAUUAGGGAAGUUGCACGAAGAGCUUUCAUCACUUGAACAAGGACAUACGAACUUGAGGUCAUUGAAUAAUUAUAAAGCUGAUCUAAUUAAUAAGAAGUUGAUAAAGAGCAAAGACCCAGGUAUUCAGGCUUUUGCUGCUUGCUGCUUAAGUGAUAUACUCAGGUUAUAUGCGCCCGAUGCGCCAUACACUGAUACAGAGUUGACUGAUAUAUUCAAGUUGUUUAUCAAUCAAUUUAAGCUUCUUGCUGAUCCAGAUAAUGGUUACUAUAUUCAGCAAACUUAUUUGAUUACACGUUUACUUGAAUAUCGGUCUAUUGUGCUACUUACUGAUUUAGAUUCUUCCAAAUUAAUUGAUGAUGUGUUUCAAGUUUUUUAUGAUAAGCAACGCAAUACCUUCCAGCCUAAAUUGUCCAAAAUAAUUGGAUCAUUGCUUGGAGAGAUAAUAUCAGAAUGUGAAUCCGUAUCGAUGUCUGUAUUACGAACUAUCUUUAACAAAUUUUUGACGCAUGAUUUCGGGACCCGUUUAAAACCGUUACAAUCAGCUACAAAAGAUCCCGCAUUUGAAUUUUCCUUGACUAUCUGUCAGUCUUAUUCCAAUCGACUUGGUCGUCAUUUUACGAAAUUCUAUUCCGAAAUAUUAUAUGGAAUCACAAACAGUGAUUCUGGUGGUUCAAGCAGUGGCAAUGGUGGUCAUAGUUUACAGUCUACAUUGGACCCGAGCUUUAAAACUUUGACAAAGUUGCACAGGCUUACUGCGAAUAUCUGGGAAUAUGUUCCCGAACUUAUUAGUUCCGUUAUUGGGUUUGUUCACCAGGAGUUAUGUUCUGACAAUGUGCCAUUGCGCAUUGGGGCGACCCGGCUUGUGGGUGAUAUACUUUCUGUAACAUCAGAUAUCAACUUUAUUAAAACUCAUAAGGACACUUAUAAGGCAUGGUUGUCAAAAAUUGCAGAUAUUAAUGCGAAUGUUAGGCGUGAAUGGGUCAAAUCUUUACCAAAGGUUAUGAGUGUUAGAACAGAUAUCGCUGAAGACAUUGAUAAUGGGUUAACCAAAACACUGAUGGAUACAGAUGACUUGGUUAGACUAAGCAGUGUAGAAACGUUCAAUGAAAUUCCUGUUGAAAAGAUGUGGGUAUCGUUCAAAGACCCUAUUUUAUACACCCAGCUUUGUCAAUUGACUAGAGAGAAAAAUAAAAACAUUAGAGAAGUUUGUAUCGAGGCUGUUGCUAAUUUUUAUGUCGAUUCGAUAAACCAUAUUGAACGGAAAAGAGAAACGGAAGCUUUAUGGAAGGUAGUAGACUCAAUCCCUUCCGUACUAUUCAAUUUAUAUUAUAUCAAUGAUCCAAAUAUCAAUUUUCAAGUUGAUACAGUAAUCUUUGAGAAGAUAUUUCCUUUACAGCCAGAUGAUGUUCUAAGAAUAAACAGACUAAUCACUAUCCUAAAACACUUUGAUCAAAAAGCAUUUUCGUCUUUCUGUGCAUUUAACAGGAGACAAAUCCAGAUGUGCAAUGCUCUUCUCAAGUUUAUUGAAUUUUGUGACGCUGUAAAUUCAGAUGCUGCUACCGAAAACAUAAAAGAUAAACUAGGAAAAACGAUUGAUUGGUUUGUGUCCGGAUUACCAACCCAACUUGACUGUAAAGCAAUAUUCGAGAAAUUUAUAGAGCUAAACGACAAGAGGAUAUACCAUCUGAUAAAAAUAUGCGUCGCAAGAGAUGUUAGAUACUCAACAAUGAAGAAUUCUAUCACUGAAUUAUUUACCAGACUAAAAGAUGAAGAUUUGUUCAAGAAAAAGAAUGUGAGAAUCGGAUCAUCCUUUACAAGGGAUACUUUCCAGUCAGUUUUCAAAAUUCUGAUUUACAGAUCUGCUCCUUUGAUAUAUAACGUUUCUACGAUUCCACUACUGAUUGACAAUGUUGGGGAUCACAAGGAACUUGAGUUGAAACGUCAACUUAUCGAACAGAUAUCAACGGUUAACCCGACUGUUUUUAAGGAUCAAAUUGAUGUCUUAAAGGAAAUAAUAAAUAGGCUAGAUGAUCCCGGUACAUCUUCGGAAGAGGCAAUGCCUAUUAGUGAAGCUUUGAAGACCAUUUAUAAGAUAUCCAAAUCGUUAAAAGAUAGUUUUGAUACCAGCGAUGACUUUUUUACAACUAGGUUAAAGGACUUUGCAAUAGAUGGCACUCCUGAAGAGGCGAAAUAUGCUGUCAAGUUAUUGUCAUUAUCUCCAGAGAGGAGAAAUAUAUUAACAAGUAUUAAGACCCAAAUUUUGCCUUUAGAUUUGAAUAGGAGCAAAAAUUUCGCUUCCCAUAUAACAGUGCUUGCUCAGAUGUUUAAAAUUGAGCCACAAUUGCUAGAUGAUGACUCAGGUGAUAUUGUUAGUUAUUUGAUCAGACAUGUGUUGCUAGCUAACCAAGUUCUAGGAAAUUCGAAGAAGGAAAACGCUUGGGUUACUGAUACACAGCUAAAUGAAAUACAAUAUCAACCUUUGUCUUCAAAAUUGUACUCAUUGAAGUUAUUCACCAAUAAACUAAGGUCUAUUUCAGAUGUGGUGAAUACUGAUGAGGUUGCACAGGCUUUUACAGAAAAGACUAUGAAAUUAUUUUUCUACUUGUUGGCAAGUGGUGGAGAAUUAAUUGCAGAAUCUAAUAAGGAUAAUUAUCCAACCCCAAACAAUUACCAGACUAAAUUGAGAUGUUUCGCCGGCCUACAAGUUUUAAAAAUUGCAAGGAUUCCAAAUUUCAACAGGUUCAUUCUGCCUACGGAUGUGAUGAAGCUAGUUAACUUGGUCGAGGAUGAGUCGCUAGAGGUGAGACAAACUUUUGUCGAUCAAUUACGGAACUACAUUAGUAGCGAAUAUAUCUCUAUUAAGUUUUUGCCUCUAGUGUUUUUCAUGGCGUAUGAGCCCUCUGCUCAAUUAAAACAGAACAUAAAAACAUGGAUAAAUUUUACCUUUGCCAAAGGAACUUUCCAAAAAGGUACUUUCUUUGAGAGGGCGUUACCGAGAUUAAUCCAUUGUAUUGCACAUCAUCCUGAUGUCCUAGAUGGAAUUAAUGAAAAAGGAGAUGCUUAUUUGAACAGUAUAACGACAUCCAUCGAUUAUUUGAUUUUCUACUUUGAUUCUGUUGCUACUACGCAUAAUAUCUGCCUAUUAUACUACUUAGCAGGAAGAGUAAAACAGUAUCAAGAUAGUGUGAAUGAGGAAGACUCAGAAAGCGAUGAAGUCGAACAGCAGCUCAAAGCCAAAAAUAUCUACAUUAUUUCUGAAUUGACUCAAUUAAUUUUAACUGAAUUGAAAAAUCAACGCGGCUGGAACAUACCAGUAUAUCCAGGUAAAUUAAAUUUGCCAUCCGACUUAUUCCAACCAUUUCCUAGUAUGGAGGAAGCUCAGCGUAAUACCUUUAUCAGUUAUUUACCGGAGGCUCAGCUUGAUUCGCUAAAGGGCAACGUCAAAGGGAAAGUAUCUCGUAUGUCGCACAGCUCACACACCAUUAAGCAACAAGUCCAAAAAAGAAAGCUCGCGAGUGAAUAUCAGAAACCACAUACCACUUCAGUUGGCGCCAAAAGGAAGAAAAAAUCAUCCGAGAACUACGAUGAGGAAGCUACUCCCGAGAAGUUGGAUGAUUAUAGGCCUAGGAGUAAAAAUGCGAACGCAGCUAAUCCAACUAGGAAAAGUGCGAGGCAGAGACGAGACGUUAAUUACCAAGAAGAUGAAGACGAAAAGGAAAAUGAAGAAUAUGUAGUAUAA